CUCCAGGGUAGUUUAGAAUAAUACAGACGAAUAAUUACUAAACACAUACUUAGAUACCAUCUCAUACCAGUGUAAAUGUUGUAUCUAACGUGAUCCCUCGCCAUGUCCAGUUUCAAUUUCUUCCACACCGACAUUGAAAGUCUCGUUUCAUAUGUGCGGCUACCAUGAUCAGUCCACGCGGGAGGUCACUGAUCAUCUUAAUGGUCAUUUUCGAUGUAUUAACUCUCACCUUUUUGGCAUUGCGUUUCUAUACUCUUUUCCGGAUAAAACAGAGGAGUUACCGGCCUGAUGAUUUCAUAAUUGUCAUAUCCACUGCCUCACUGUUGGCCAUGGAGGGCGCAGUGUUCUGGGCCAUACACAAUGGUCUUGGCUUUCAUACAGCAACUUUGCCAUGGUCAGACGUCGCGAUUCAGAUAAGGAUGCAAACCUCUACCUUAUUCACCUGGACUAUCUCGACGUGCACCUGCAAGCUGGCACUCUUGUUCUUAUAUCUUGAUAUUUUUCGUAUACAUGUUACCUUGAGGAAAGCCAUUUGGCUCUUGGUUAUACUCACUUCCUGCUACGCUCCUGUUUUUAUACCCUUCUUCAUGACCCAAUGUUCUCCUGUCUCGGCGGCUUGGGACCCAGUCUUAUCCAAGACAAACUGCCGCUCUCUGAAAAUUCAAGAAUUGGCAUCGGUUGCUGUCAACCUUUUCCUUGAUACGGCAAUCGUCGUUGCCCCUCUUCCUGUCGUUUGGCAGUUGAAGAUGCCCACGACCAAGAAAAUAGGGGUCAGUGCCAUAUUCGGCCUUGGAAUAGCAGUGAUCGGUGUUAUGAUAUGGCGCCUUAUCUCUACGACGAGUCCUACCCAUAACCAAGAUAUUGUAUACGAGUUAUAUACAGUAUCCGUCCAAGCUCAAUUGGAAUGUUGGCUAGGGAAUUUGGCAGCCAACUUACCCACACUUGGCCCCUUACUGAAUAAGAUGUCAGGGUCAAAGGUGGCUAAAUACAUUAUAAGCUCUUUAAAAGCGAAGUCAACCGAUCAUGGUUCGGCAUCGGAAAGAGGACUUCCUCUGAGGACCUUUGGCGGUUCUGGAAAACCGACUAGGCCCGGCGGACAUGGUGAUUUUCACUUGCUAUAUGACGAAGGCGACGGGCUUAAUACUCAGCAUGGUAUCAUGCUGAAUUGGGAAGUGAGGGUCUCUACAGAAACGUCAACUCAUAGAAGUGCGGCGAAUGGUCAUAAAUCGACAGUAGAAACACAGAGUCAAUAGGUCUAUAGUAAUAAUAAUAACGAAAAACUAAUUUAUCUCG